AUGUCGUCCGCAGCACAUGUCAAAAUAUCUGAAAUGAAUUCUCGAAUGGAACAAGAUGCCCUUGAAGCUGCUCGUGAAGCAUUAAGUCGUGCCACAAGUGAGCGUGAAGUUGCACAACAUAUUAAACAACAUUUUGAUCAAAAAUAUCGUCCAAAUAACUGGAGUUGCAUUGUUGGAAGAAAUUUUGGAUCGUACGUUAGUUAUGCGCAGGAUCACUUCAUCAACUUCAGUGUUGGACCCACAGAUAUUCUACUCUUUCGAAAUAGUUAA